UCCAGACAAGGAACGGUCCCAGCAGCGCUGCCUUCUACUCCGCUUCUCCGAGAAACAGAGGAGAGGGAAGAAAGGCUUGAUCUUGACCGGCCGGCGUCCAUGGCGGCGGCGGCGGCGGCGGCGGCGGGGCAGCAGCGGGUGGUGGUGAUGCGGCACGGGGACCGGCUGGACCACGCGGAGCCCAUGUGGCCGGCCAACAAGCCGCGGCCGUGGGACCCGCCGCUGACGGACGCGGGCGUCCUCCGGGCCUGGACCGUCGGCAAGCGCAUCCGGGCGCAGGCCGCCGCCGACGGCUACGCGCUCCACCGCGUCCUCGUCUCCCCCUUCCACCGCUGCCUCCAGACCGCCGCCCAGGCCGUUGCCGCGCUCUGCGCCGUCCCCGACGACGCCGCGCUCGCCGCCGUCCUCGACUCCAGCGCCAAUGUGCCCCUCGACGCCUCCCGCGUCAAGGUGUCGAUCGAGUAUGGACUGUCUGAGAUGAUGAAUGUUGAAGCGAUGGGCGCUCUCGUCAGCCAGGUCGCGCCCAGUGUCGAGAAGUGGUUCCCUGACUUGGCAGAACUCGAAGCCGUCUUGCCACCUGGAACCAUCGACCAUUCUACACAACCUCUCUUCCCGGAGGUACCCAAGUGGGGAGAGUCUGUGAGGGGGGCCAGAAUCAGAUACGCUAGCGUGAUCAAGGCUCUCGCCGACAAAUAUCCUGGCGAGAACUUACUCUUAGUAACACACGGGGAGGGCGUGGGUUCGUCGGUGGCAUGCUUCGGGGCGACGGGCAUGGAGGUCUACGAGGUGGAGUACUGCGCAUACGCCGUGCUCGAGAAGCAGCCUCUUCAGCCUGGCGGUGAGGGUGAUGGCGAGAGUGUGCUCAAGGUGGUGGCGGAUAGAAGCGGCCCGACCACGGGCAUACACUAUCUGGUCACCUGAUGAACACAAUCAAGCAGCAUGAUGCCAUCGCCAUCAUCAUACCACUCCUCCAGCACUGGACGGUCACGGGGAGCUUUAUUAGAUUAGUUUUGCAAUCCCUAUUUAUUUCCACGAGAUUUGAUGCUUGAUAUGUCGUUUUUAGAAAAUUGUGGUUGGUUCAUCCUGGAUAUUUUUUGUACUACCAAUCGUCGUGGUAAUAAUUCGCUAAACUGCCUUUUUUAGGACAA